AUGGGCAACACUGGUGGUGGGACGUCUGGUCAAGCCCCUGGACCAGAGGGUGAUUCUGGACAUAUCAACCACAAGGAAGGUUCUACUCCCAGGGCACGGUCAACCAAGACAAGAGAGGGUGUCGCAAGUACCGCAUCGAAAAAGGAAUCGCAACAGAGGCAAGAGGACAUCCAUAGGAAGUGGGAGGAGUUUAAGGCCAUACAACGAGACGACAAAUACAGCUACUUGGAGCAGAAAGUUGAACUCCAACGAGAGCUAAUUCGAGCCUACGACGAUCUCUUCCUAGAGAGGCGCCUUAAAACUGACAGAAAACUUGAAGAGUUGAGGAAGUCUGAGCUACAAAAGAAGAAGGAAACAGAAGAAGCUCUGUCGCAAAUAUGCAAGGAAGAACUAGGUAAAGACAAGGAAGAGCAGCUGACCAGAAGAGCCCAAGAGAGGGCAGCAGAGAGGAAAAAGCAGAAAGAUGACAAAGAGGAGGCUGAAGGCGGAGGAGAAGCUGGGGUAGAGGGAGGCGGUGACGGCGAUGUCCCACCCGGACCAGGACAGUGGGGACCAGGCAGAAGGCUGUCCACCGACAGAAGGCUGUCAAUGGACAGAAGAUUGUCAUCAGACAGAAGGAUGUCAGAGGAUAGUGUUUUUGAGCCUCAUGAUGCCACAGGUAUUCUCAAGGAAGAAACCGAGGAUGCCAUCCAAGAAGAGGUCUUUUUUGAUGAACUGCCUCUUCACAAGCAACGGCUAUACAACCUCUUUGGUCAGGAGGAGGCCGAGUACUACCUACAUCCAAGAAUUGAACCUGAGCGCAGGAAGGUCAUAAGAAUUCCCAAUGCUGUCAAGCAGCUAGGAGGAAGAGCUGGAGCUCAUACCUUGUGGAGUACAUUGAGAGACAGGUCACAGGUCAAACUCAAGUACGCUGAUGCUCGUAUCCCACUAGAACUCAAGGAUGCCUACGGAGCUUUCGUGAGAGAAUGCCUGACGAAGAACAAGACAGUAGCAAAGAGGAGUUUCUACAGUGAGACUGAGGUACCGGAGAGUGAGAAGCUCCAAGACAACAGCUACAAGGAUCGAGUCAAAGAGACCCAGCGUCGUAUGGAGCUCAUGUACCGUGCUGCCCUGGCCAACGAAGACAAGACCGGUGUGCUCCUCUACAACAACCCCAUGCCAGAUUUCAACAACUUUGAAGGCCAUGAAGGACCUCUCCGCUACCUCCCAUCCUGGCUUCAAGUGGAUGAUGAUAGUGAGGAAGGCACGGAGGAAGAUAAGAGCUAUAAGAAGUGGCUACUGAGCUCCUCGGAUAUGGAGAUAGAACCUCUACGAUUUGAAGACAACCUUGAAAGUUACGAUAUAGAUAUGGUCCAAGAUGCCAACAAUCAAGAGGAUAAAGAAACAGACAAUGAUGAACAAUUCUUCAAUGAUGUCCUGGACUAUGAUGACGGCCAGACGAGUGAUCGCUCCGUCACCUCUUUCUCCCUCCCUGACAUGGCCCUGGGUGGUGACGAAGACAUGGGUUACCCUCGGAUCCCACCCACCCAGGACCGACCGGACCAAAUCACCAGCAACCAUGUGCCUCCUCAGGGUUCAGCAGCAGACGACACUGGUAGUGGUGGGCUAGAUCUGGAGGGAGUCAAGAAAGAGAAGAAAAAACAACUAGUUUUCUUGACUGAGAAGGAAGCAACAUGUGAAGGACGUUUCCUGGAGAAUCUUGCUGCCAAGGAGAAGAAUAGAUCAGAGAUGGUGACAGGGGCUAGUGUAGAGGCUGCAUCAUCCGAGACCAAGACACCAAGAGAUGGUCAAAGUUCAAGUAGAAGUGGAAAGUCAAAGGUUCGCUCCCACACUGCACCAGCAACUACUUUGAAAGCAGGAGUCGCUUCACCGAGCGGUACCACUCCUAGGGCAUCUGGGACCGGAGGAACAAGACAGAGCCGCAGGUCCAGGAGCACCAAGGGUCCUGAAUGGGAACCACUAACCAUGACGGCGCUCAACGAUCACAAACCAGCCAUUCAGCUGUUUGGAGGAGCUGACUUUGCUCAUGGCAGUGAGUUCCUGUGGAAGCCAGUUCUAUCCACUACUACCACAGCCACCGCCAAAGGAACAUAGCAGACACUGGGGGAGAUGAGUAGGUUGGGGGAGAUGAGUAGGUGGGGGAGACGAUUAGGUGAAGCAUUUGGUGCUGUUAGUAAAGAAGAUAAAUUUGAAUAACAAUCAAAGUUAUUCAGCCAUGAAUUGAGGAAUGUGGGGGUGUAAAUACCAUUAAAUUCAUGUUAUGAAAAGCCCAACAAUCUUUAAUGUAAAUUUAAUGUGUCAAAACAGCAUUGUGAAAGAGUUGAUGAUGCCAGCUGUAUAAGAUAACGAAAGUAAUUUUUAUUGUAUUCCUUCCAAAUUAUGUAAUUGUGAAGUAAGGUGCUCAGUGGACCGUAGAACAGCAUACUGAACAAACAUUUGAGGACAAUGUAUUUUCACAGGUUUUUAACCAAAUGAGCAUUGAGCAAGGACGGAAGUCAGACAUAUAAAUGAUAGUCUAAAAGCAUAGAUAUAAAAACAUGAUUUGGAUCACUGUUGGAAACCACUAUAUGCUCAUUACCUACAUCACAGAGAUAACAAAAUAUUUCAGAAGGAUAGUAGGAUAGAGAGUCACAGAAAAGUUAGGCUUACUGUUUUUUACACUGUCAUAUCCUUAAUAUUGCCUACAUCAUUAUUAGAACUACAUAUCAGAUUGUACAGGAUCAGUACAUGGUUUUAUUGAUUGCUGUUGUUUCUGAUCCAAAGGUAUUCUGUUCAAAUCAAAAUCUUCAAGAAGGGUUUGUUAUCGUUAUAAAUAUCUUUGUCUUUCAAUUACCGGUAUACAAGGAGUAUAUUCCGUCCGUAAUUUUAGUUACUCUUCCAAGUUUUGAAAACAGACCAGCAUCAAAUGUUUUCCAAUCGUUAAUAUUUCAACAAAUGUAAAGUAUAUAUGUAUAUUUUGUAAAUAUAUUUUAAAUAGUUAUAUAUUUCAAAAUCAUCAACUCUUCUUAUACAGGACAAAGAAACGUAACAAUCUAGCAUGAGAAUGAGAAAUGCACAUUUAUGUCACGCCAUGUCAUAAAUGUUUUUUUGUAGUUUGCAGUGUAGACCGCAUCCCAGUUGGCUGUAUAUCAUUUAAAAUAACUUUGGGCAAAUUUAAUUCUAAUUUGUUGGGUUCUAUGUUGGUCUUUGGGAGAAAUAGUUCCACACUCUAUUUGCUUUUCAUUUGAUUCUAUUUAUAAAAAUCAAUUGGUGUUUAUCAUGAAAACUUGUUCCAUAGUUUUACAACAACAAAAAAACAUUUCCAUUCAUUUGAUAGAGGUUAUAUCUUAUUCCUGGAUUUCUUUGUGAAUGAUUUUCAGUUGUUCACAAUCUGUUCAUAAAGAAACAAUAUACAUGUACUUUGUAUUGACAUAUCCCAAUAAAUAUCCUUUCUUUUUCUGGAAUUAGAGUUUGAAUACAAAAUACAAGGCAAUAUCCUUUGCUCUAGUUUGGAGGGUGAAAAGUUACAAAACCAAUAGAUAAAGUAUAAGCAAGUCUAUUAUACCAUUUAAUGAAAUCACCAGUUUGUAAAUGUUUUUUUAAUUGUAUUUGAUAAUGUCAUUAAUACGUUUCACUUCUUUUGUUGUAAGUGAUGUUUGUCAUUCAUCAUGAAUUUAUUACGUUUUUAUCUGCCACUCCACUUUGUUACGAGUAUAGUUUUUGAAUAAAGUUGUACAGAGUUAAACCACA